UAACCCAGCACAACACCUCUGACUAGUUCGUCGAUGUCAAACACAACUUUUUUCUGUGGUUCUUCUGAGUUGGUACAGUUAGAUCGAACGAUAGGCGUUUACUGGUUCAAGAAAUCUCGCACGAGUGGCGCAUGGAACCGUAUAGUACGUACCUUUUUUUUUGUUUUAUCAGUUUAGACGCAACUGGUUGAGAAUAUUAUCGUUGACAGGGAUGCUUCAUCGUUUUGAUCCGGUGGAAGCGGAGGCACCACACGCGUAGUGCUCCCCACGUCGCUGUGCACAUAAAUCAGCUGAACCAGUCUUCGGAGAAAGAAUACCGAGCUGAACUAUAUAUAAACCUUUUUCUUUUCUGAGACCGUACUAGUACUUUUUUCUUGAAACACAUGAUCAUCACCGGAGGUUUCCAGGAUAAAUUUAAUCUCUAGCGCUUUAGCUCACGCCGAGCCGCAAAAAUAUAUUUAUGCGUCCUUUUAGGUGAAGCAGUAGCGCGCAAACUUUUUUAAAAGUGCACCCGGCCCCCGUGUUCCAUAGCGGCCUAGCCUAAUCAAGCGCUUCAAACUCCAUGAGUGUUUGAUCGUACCCGUGUACUCCCUCCGUCCUUCUGGAUGCUUGUCGCGAAAAUGGAUAUAUCUAGAUGUAUUUUUAAUUUUAAAUACAUUCAUUUCUACGACAAGUAAUUUAGGACGGAGGGAAUACUAGGUAGUCCGGCCUGCAUCUUAUUUGGGACGGAGGGAGUACUAGGUACUAAGUAGUUCGGCAUGCAUGUUGCUUCCAGUGCACAAUUGAAUCUACACAAUCUAAUCAAUUCGGGGUAGCAACCGCCUAAGAGAACUAACCGCUAAAAUCAAAUCAAAUAUGCACAACCGAAUGUACUUGAUUGUUGGCCGGAGGUGGAGCGAGUGUCAUUGGAGGUGGAGCGGGAGUGGAUGGUGCUGGAGCAAACCCCACGAGGUCGGCACCAUCCACGCCCCUGCCGCGGCUGGUGUCUCAGGAACAUCAUCCAAACUCCCCGCCCUCAAAACCCCAUAAAAGUCAUUCAGUGGCCUAGACGGAGCCCCAUGGAACCUCACCCAAAUCUCAUGCAGCGAUAGACCCUCAGGCUCACGGCUAGACCACUCCUCGAAUUCGAGAAAACAUGUAUUGUCUGGUACCUCACAAAUACUAAACAUCUUCCUUCCUUAGGAAGUCCACCUUAAAGACAUUUUCUUCUAUCAACACAAGAGUCCAACGAAACUCCGCCGAAACAAGUUUCUUAAGUUGCUGCAACACUUGCUCCUCCAAGAGAGAACCUCCUAUUACACGCACAAGCCCAAUCCUCGUGCUUUCAAGGAAUCGCCUGCUUGAGUUGAAACACGAACACGGGUCUCGAAGAACAUCAAUUUAGAGCUACACGCCCAUAAGUCGUAACCAUGUUUUAAGCAUCGUGAGAAGUAGACAACCAUCAGUUUUAUGACCCGGCUUCAAGCAAUUAUCACACAACUCGGCAUUACUGUCGACUACAAAGUGACCAACCUCCCCACAACGGAAACAAUUUUUUUUCUUUUUUCUCGCCACCUGUUAGACUUUGUAUUGUAGCUCUACUGUGUAAAGCAUACCUUAUUGGUAUUGGACUUGUAUGUCAUCAUUAUAUAUAUGUGAUAGGCCACCCUUUUGAGGGCUGAGCCAGUUCCCCCAAAACCUACGUUUUACAUGGUAUCGAGUCUAACCUAGGUCUUCCACCUCCACCCCACCCGCCGUCGCCGCCGCACCAAAACCCUAAACCCUAGGGCUGCCGCCGCCGGCGCCAUGACCGCUUCCGCUUCGGGCGCCGCCAGCUCCGGGUCUAUCCCCGCGACGCUUGCCGCCCUCCUCAACCUCCCAUGCACCUCGGCCCCUGGCUCCGUCAGUGCCUCAAUUCUUCGGCACCACCGCCGUCGGCUCCCUGUUUUCAGCGACGAUCCCACCGUCACCGCCCGCGACGGCCUCAGCACCAUUCGCGCCGCCGCCGCCCGCGAUGGCCUCCUCUGGAUCUCCUCGACACUCGCCGUCAUCCCGGCGACCUCGGGGGAGACGCUGCCCGCGGAGCCACCCGCGGCCUCGCUCAUGGCACCACCUGCGGCCGUGAUCCCGAUCGUCCCCGCGCCGUCACCCGCGGCAUCGGUCGCGGUCGUGGAUCCCGUCGCGGCUCCGCCGCCAAUCGUCCCUGCUGCUGGCGCAAUCACGCCCACCGGGCCGUUCCACUUCGACAACUUGAUCGCCAUCUGACUCACGCCGGACAACUACUUGUUCUGGCGCGCCAAGGUCCUACCGCUGCUACGCAGCCGGUCUCUCCUCGGGUUUGUUGAUGGUUCGCUACCGUGUCCUCCGCAGGUCAUCCCUACCGUCCACGGCCCGGCCAUCAACCCGGACCGUAUGUGGGUGAAGCAUGACCAGGCGAUCCUCUCUGCCAUCCAGGGUUCCCUCGGCGACGGGGUCGCUGGCCUUUGUCUCUUCGCCGCCACCUCCAUGGACGCCUGGACGACCCUGGAGCACGCCUUUGCCCAGGUCUCUACCUCCCGCUCGAUGGCCUUUCGCAGCGAACUCGUCGACAUCAAGAAGCUGGACUCCUCCGCUACGACCUACUUCAACAAGAUGAAGGUGCUGGCAGACACGCUCACCUCUAUUGGUCGGCCGCUUAGCGACGAGGAGUUCGCCGGCUUCGUCAUCAAAGGCCUCGACGCCGACUACGACAAUCUCGCCGAGGCCGUCCACAACGCCAAGCCAGCGAUGCCUCCUCACGAGCUCUACUCACGCCUCCUAUUCACCGAGCAACGCGUCGAGGCUUGUCGCUCCUCCGCCACCAUCACCGCCCAGCGGGCGGCCUUCUGGGCCUCUUGUGGCCAGCGCCCACCUGCCCCGUCACCUGGCAAGGCAGCCCCGCCCCCUGCAUCGACCCUGGGUGGGGGCCCUAACACUAGCGUGGUGUGCCAGCUAUGUGGUCGUGAACGCCAUGUCGCCUCCAAGUGUCACCGCCGCUUUCAGAGGAGCUUCCUUGGCAUCGGCAACAACGGCAAGGGCAACGAGCGCCAGUUUGCCAUGGCAGACUUUGGUCCUCCCGCUGCCGCCCCGGCUGCCCACAUCGCUGUCGCCCCGUCUGCCCACAUCACUGCCAAGGGCAAGGACCCGCGCGUCGAGCAGGGAUACACACCAUCCUACCAUGUUGAUCCAGCCUGGUACAUGAACACCGGCGCCACAGAUCACAUGACGAACGAGCUCAACAAACUCUCCACCUACCAGCCCUACUACGGGCACGAUCAGGUUCACACCGCCAAUGGUGUAGGAUCGAGCAACCCGGGACGUUCUGCUUAGUGGCCGGUUGAGCCAAGGCUUGUACCGUUUGGAGGAUCCAUCCGCCCCGUGCGUCUUCAGCGGUGUUCGUGUGUCGCCUUCCCAAUGGCACUCUCGCUUUGGUCACCCCGCCACACCCAUCGUUCGCCACAUAAUCCACCGUCAUGAGCUGCCAUUAGUGUCUAGCAAUAAAGAGAUGUCCGUGUGUGAUGCCUGUCAGCAAGGCAAGAGUCAUCAGCUACCUUUUGUUUCAUCUACUAGAGAAGUAAAGAACCCUCUUGAAAUUGUGUUUUCUGAUGUGUGGGGUCCGGCACAAACAUCUGUUAGUGGUCACAACUAUUAUGUCAGUUUUGUUGAUGCCUAUAGUCGCUUCACUUGGCUUUAUCUUCUUAAGCGCAAGUCUGAUGUGUUUGAUAUAUUCAUACAGUUUCAAUUGCAUGUUGAACGUCUACUCAAGCAAAUUAUCCAUGUUCAAUCAGAUUGGGGGGGGGGACGAAUAUCGCAAUCUCAACACCUUCUUUAAUAAGCUUGGGAUCUCUCAUCGUUUAUCAUGCCCGCAUACACAUCAGCAGAAUGGUGCUGUUGAGCGCAAACAUCGCCAUAUAGUUGAGGCCGGCCUCACACUUCUUGCUCAUGCUUCUGUACCCUUUCGUUUUUGGAGUGAUGCUUUUGCUACCGCGUGUUUUCUCAUUAACAGAUUACCUACACGUGUUCUUAAUAUGAAAACUCCGAUUGAGCUUCUCUUAGGUGAAACUCAUGACUAUACCUUUUUUAAGGUGUUCGGGUGUGCCUGCUGGCCUUAUCUUCGUCCUUAUAAUGAUCACAAACUUAAGUUUCGCUCCAAAAAGUGUGCGUUCUUAGGGUAUAGUUCUCUCCAUAAAGGCUACAAGUGUCUCCAUGUCCCAACCAAUCGAGUCUACAUAUCUCGGGAUGUUGUUUUUGAUGAGACCGUCUUCCCCUUUUCUGC